AUGGAUACCGGCGCCCAGGUACUUCCCAGUACCAAUAAAAGCGGCACUACGACUCUUACAGACUACGCAUCUAGCAAACAUUCCAGGGAUAUCUCUGUCGAUGGCACCCCAAAACCUGAAACCAUAUCGUCGGAUUCCGCAGAUGAAGCUCCCGAUGGAGGCCUAGUAGCAUGGACUCAGGCCACGAUGGCCCAUCUUGUCAUGUUCAACACUUGGGGGUUUGCAAACUCCUUUGGUAUAUUCCAGGCAUACUACGCGGGGUCUCUCAAUCGGUCUCGAGCAGAUAUAGCAUGGAUAGGCUCCAUCCAAAUAUUCCUUAUAUUCAUGAUAGGGACCUUUUCCGGUCGUGCAAUUGACGCCGGAUACUGUCGACCAAUUCUUGUGGCCGGUCUAAUACUGCAGAUCCUUGGAGUCUUCAUGACAUCAGUGGCUUCGGAUUACUGGCAAAUAUUCCUUGCCCAGGGAGUGUGCCAGGGGAUAGGGAAUGGGUUGAUAUACACCCCGACUAUAUCACUGGUCUCGACCUAUUUUACCAAAAGAAGGGCCAUGGCCAUGGCUAUUACUUCAGGUGGAGGCGCCACUGGUGGUAUUGUGUUUCCACUUGUUGCGCAGCAGCUUCUCCCAAAAGUUGGCUUCGCGUGGACCGUCAGAGUCAUGGGAUUCAUUAUGCUCGGCAAUGCAUCUGUUGUCGUAUGUCUCAUGCGUGGAAGGCUUGCUCCAAGGAAAAGUGGUCCCAUAGUCGAAUGGUCGGCUUUCCGAGAACUGCCUUACCUGUUGUUCUGCAUUGGUAGCUUUCUUAUAUUAUGGGCUGUCUACUUCGCCUAUUCUUAUAUAAGUACUUUCAGCCACGACGUCAUUGGAAUUUCUUCCUCCACCUCUCUGACCAUCCUCCUCAUUACGAACGCCGUUGGCAUCCCUGGCCGUGCUAUUCCCGCCUUCAUUGCUGACCGAUAUACCGGGCCCCUGAGCGUAUAUAUACCCAUGUCACUGGCAGCAGGCGUUUCUCUUUACGCAUGGGCUGCAGUACGUAACCUGUCCGGACUCAUAUUGUUCUCCGUUAUGUACGGACUGUUCGCUGCUGCAUGUCAGGGUCUCUUUAUAGCCUCCUGUUCCUCCCUGACAAUCGAUCUUAGCAAGAUGGGCACCCGGACAGGCAUGGUCUUCACUAUUAUAUCUUUUGCAACACUGACAGGGCCACCUUUAGCAGGUAUGCUUAUAGAAAAGAGGAAUGGUGAUUAUCUUUAUGCUCAAAUUUUCGGUGGCACAUCGUUCAUUCUGGGUUCGCUGAUACUAAUUGGGGCGAGGUUCGCUCACACUGGAGCCAACUGGAGGAGCCGUGUAUAA